AUGGCUUCAUUCUGCUUCGGCAAACUGGACUCGGAUAUACGACAUAUCAUCUGGGAACAUGCAUUGCUCCAGGCGUCCGCGGAGCGUAUAGUGCUAAUCGACAACCAGCCCGGCCACAAAUUCUUUCCCCAAUCCCCUCGAGUCAUACCCUUCAGGUCCCUUGUUUCACCUAUCAUGGCUGUAAAUAAGGAGAGUCGGUCCUGUGCCCGAGGCUUCUAUGGUUUAGUGUUGCAUGUGCUCUUAUUGCCAAAACUUCCCAACUGUGCUUCCAACCGUGACGUCAAAGAACAGCAGAGAAUUUUAUAUGACACUGGAGACCCCGAUUUUUAUUGGUAUUCCGAUUACAUGAAGGGAUACGUAUACUUAAACCUUCGACAUGAUAUAUUCCUCUCUGGUUUCGGACUCACUGCCAUAGACAUCCCAGACCCUUUAAAUCUGGUAUGGUACCUAUCACCGAGUUCUCCCUAUUAUAUGGGGGCUAUUCGAAAUCGGGCACUAUCAAUCUGGGCUCUAGCAGCUUGGUCCGAUAACCCCUACUGCGACCUCUCCGAUUCCCGUCCCCUGUCCAGCGAAUCUGGAUUAUUUAACAUGGAACAGAAGGAGCUUUACUGGGAUCCACGAGUGUGCCUAUGUGCCACGAGGUACUUCUACUGGCCUGACGUGACGUGGAGGGAUAUAGAUAGCCUAAUGCAACACCUCUUCAAGCGAGGCCCCGGCGAACCAUUAAAACCCGAAUACCAACUGCAGGAACUGAUAUCUAUCAAGUUGAGAGAAGGUGUUACCUACAAGAACAAGUUCAGAUGGCUAGGCAUGAGUGAAUAUCUGAUCGACCCCUCUCAAGAAAAAGAAGAGCAACAUCCCCCUUGUCGCGACUAGAACUCCAUCAACAGUAGUGAUGCCUGGAAAAAUGGAUUUGUUGGUUAAGGAGAUGACGGGUGAUAAAUCAAGCGAAUCUGAGAUCGUCAUGAUUCUAUACCAUAACCGGCGCGGUAAUGAUGCCGGGUGGCGAAAGGAGAUACUUUCUCUUAGAUAGCAGGCGGUGCUACGCACUCUUUACACCUAUUCCCUUGUAUAGGAAGUAAUAAUACGCACCAUAGGCAUUGUACACAUCAAUAAACAUGAUGCUAUUUCCCAGGGAAAUAGCAUCAAGAAGUCGUGAUAAUCCGAGAUGAUU